ACCACCGGAAGUUCCUCUUUCACUUUCCCUCGAGCUGUGACGUGAAGUGAAACUCAUGAUGUCUAACUUAUGAUAACGUUAAUUAACAUCUAUAAGCUUAAUGCGAACAUGUGGCAGUGACGUCAUACACGGGCGACGAGCGUCUCCUUCUGAACAACAGUCUAUAUAUCUAUAUGAUAUGAUUAUAUAUAUAUAGAUAAUCAAUAAGCAAACUGAACAUGAAUACAAACUUUUUUUCUAUUUUUACGCUUCAACAACAACAAAAACGAAGUAAAAUUCAAUAAAAAGAAGUAAAUAAAUAAACACUUCUUUUUUUUAGCACCACGUGAUCACGUCUCCGGAAUCAUCGCGAUAACUUCUGCGACCCGGCUCACUUUAAACUGCAUUAUGUAUUGAUCAUCAUACACAGAGACAUAAACUGUUGAUCAAUAAUCACGGGGCUGGAAAGUUCACAUUCCACCUCGGGCUGGGGAUGGGAGGCGCGUGCUCCUCCUCCUCCUCCUCCUCCUCCUCCUCCUGCUCGAUGUAUAAAAGCGAGUCUGUGAGAGACGGACUCGUCUCAUCCUCCUCCUCCUCCUCUUGCUCAUCUUCAUCAUGCUGUCUCCGCUGACCCUGGCUCUGCUGCUGACCCUCCGUGCGGCUCUGCAGGAGGUCCAGGCUCUGCAGGAGGUCCGGGCCGUGUGCGGGGCGGGCCGGGUCCUCCCGUGCACCGCGGAGGAGAAGCCCGGUGUCCGGUACCGAGCCGUGAGGUGGUACAAGGAAGGAGCGGCGCCAGCACCCCGCCUCCAAGGCCUCCUGACUAAAGACCUCCCCGACGGCAGGAUGCGGCGCUACAGCGGCGCGCGGCACGCGGAGCUGAACGCGUCACGUGACCUCCGGCUGGACAACCUCACGUGUGCCGACUGCGGCGUGUACUCGUGUCAGCUGGCGGCGCCGGUGGGCGAGCAGAACCGGGAGGGCCGGGUGGUCCUCGCCAUGAAAGAGUGUCGAGAGGAACCUCCAAGAAACCAUCUGACGGACGCUCAGCUGCUGCUGCUUGCCUCCCUGGUUCUGACCUUCUCCCUGCUGCUCUUCAUCACCGCCUACGUCAGUCUGAUGAAGCUCCUCAGAGACCGGAACCGGGCGCUGACCAAAGCGACGCUGCUGGACGAGAAGCAGCUGCUGUCCGUCUCCACGCCGGGUCCUAGAGCGCCGCACGGCCGCUCCAUGAAGCACAUCUGCGUCUAGAGCAGGGGUCCCCAAACUUUUUCCUGAGAGGGCCACAUCACGGGAAGCGCUUGCAGACAGCAUUUAGCGGAUCGGAGCAGCGCGUGCGCUCUGAUCGCUCUUUUAAUGAAGUAUCGAUACAAAAAAAAUGCUAAAUCACAUCGUUUUUAACGUACGGGUACUUUGUUAGUAUCGCUACACCGUGCAGCGUGACAGCAGCAGAUGUAGCGGCUAACAUUCAAGCUAACCUAACUUCCCAAACGCUGAAGACAUCUGGACUCGACACGUCCCAUCAAAGAUGUUUUAUUGCGAAGAGCACCACUUCACAUUUUCUCCACGUCUCACUGCAAUCUCAAUGGCAGCGGGCCAGGUGAAAAAAAUUAUAAAUCGGAACGCGUCUCUGGUAUUGUUCAGACCAAAUGUGGAGGUGGGCCGGAUCCGGCCCACGGGCCGUAGUUUGAAGACCACUGGUCUCGAGGCUUCCUGUCCACGUCGAGCAGCUGGUCGGGUUCAAGUCGCUCGGUCUUGUCAGGGUUGAUUUUCAGGUGGUGUGCAGACGUCCACUGAGAGAUGUCAGACAGGCAGAGAUUCAUGCCGCCACCCGUGUUUCAGAUCGGGGAAACGAGAGGAUCAGUUGGUGUCAUCAGCAUUGUUAUGGUAGGAGAAGCCAUGUGAGCGAAUGACAGAGCCGAGAGAAUUAGUGUCCAGAGAGGAGAGGAGGGCCUUGAGGGACCCCAGUAGUGAGAGGAAGAGGAGGGGACCCAGGACAGAGCCUUGAGGGACCCCAGUAGUGAGAGGAAGAGGAGGGGACCCAGGACAGAGCCUUGAGGGACCCCAGUAGUGAGAGGAAGAGGAGGAGACCCAGUACAGAGCCUUGAGGGACUCCAGUAGCGAGAGGAAGAGGAGGGGACCCAGUACAGAGCCUUGAGGGACUCCAGUAGCGAGAGGAAGAGGAGGGGACCCAGGACGGAGCCUUGAGGGACCCCAGUAGUGAGAGGAAGAGGAGGGGACCCAGGACAGAGCCUUGAGGGACCCCAGUAGUGAGAGAAGAGGAGGGGACCCAGGACAGAGCCUUGAGGGACCCCAGUAGUGAGAGGAAGAGGAGGGGACCCAGGACAGAGCCUUGAGGGACCCCAUAGUGAGAGAAGAGGAGGCGACCCAGGACAGAGCCUUGAGGGACUCCAGUAGUGAGAGGAAGAGGAGGGGACCCAGGACGGAGCCUUGAGGGACUCCAGUAGUGAGAGGAAGAGGGGACCCAGGACAGAGCCUUGAGGGACCCCAGUAGUGAGAGGAAGAGGGGACCCAGGACAGAGCCUUGAGGGACCCCAGUAGUGAGAGGAAGAGGGGACCCAGGACAGAGCCUUGAGGGACCCCAGUAGUGAGAGAAGAGGAGGGGACCCAGGACAGAGCCUUGAGGGACUCCAGUAGUGAGAGGAAGAGGGGACCCAGGACAGAGCCUUGAGGGACCCCAGUAGUGAGAGGAAGAGGAGGGGACCCAGGACAGAGCCUUGAGGGACUCCAGUAGUGAGAGGAAGAGGGGACCCAGGACAGAGCCUUGAGGGACCCCAGUAGUGAGAGGAAGAGGAGGGGACCCAGUACAGAGCAUUGAGGGACCCCAGUAGUGAGAGGAAGAGGAGGGGACCCAGGACGGAGCCUUGAGGGACUCCAGUAGCGAGAGGAAGAGGAGGGGACCCAGUACAGAGCCUUGAGGGACCCCAGUAGUGAGAGGAAGAGGAGGGGACCCAGGACAGAGCCUUGAGGGACCCCAGUAGUGAGAGGAAGAGGAGGGACCCCAGUAGUGAGAGGAAGAGGAGGGGACCCAGGACAGAGCCUUGAGCGACCCCAGUAGUGAGAGGAAGAGGAGGGGACCCAGUACAGAGCAUUGAGGGACUCAAGAAGUGAGAGGAAGAGGAGGGGACCCAGGACUCUAAACGUCGGUUGGCAAACUCGCUGGGGAAAUCCUGUCUGCUCGGCGUGCGCCGCCCCUUUAAGAGAUCUUUAUAACGGAUGUUUACAUCUCAACAACUGCUUCUGCCGUCCUUUAGGUUCAGUCUGAGGCUCGAUGACAGAAGUUUGAACAUUAAAAUAUAUAUUAUUAUUAUUAUAAAUAUAUAUUAGGGCUGUCAGCGUUAACGCGUUAAUCUAUGCGAUUAAUUUGGCCGCGAUUAACGCACUAAAAUAUUUUAACGCAACUUUGUUCACUACACAGUCCUCUAACGGACAAAGGAGCAUCUUCAGUGGCCGACUCCUGUCACUGUCAUGCUCAUCGGACAGGCUGAGGAAGUCCUUUGUCCCCAGGGCAAUACGACUGUACAACGCCACGCAGAGGGGGAGGGGGAGGGGGAUGGACUUCUCUGCAUGAGUCCACCUCGGUCUCCCCUCCUCUUCUCAGCUCUUAAUUUUUCCAUCACACUGUCCAUCUUUUAAUCUUUUUACUGGCUAUACUAGCCCAUUGCACAGACUGUAAUAUCUGUAUACACCCUGUGAACAUGUUCUCCAUAUGUGUAUUGUUUUUUUCUACUGUGUGUAUGUAUGUUUGUGAGUUAAGUUAAGUGUAUAAGCUACUGGAUGACCUAAAUUUCCCUCUGAAUCAAUAAAGUAUCCAUCUAUCUAUAAGAAAACAGAAAAUCACAGCUAUGCUGGAAAAAGACUUUGAACAAAGUACAAAACAAAAUCACAACUAUGUUGGAAAAGCAAACCAGGACAAAAACGAUCAUGACGAGACAAGAGACAAGACGAUCUGACACAAGACACAGGUAGACACCGGCUUAAAUACCUGAGGAAACGGGCAACAGGUGGACACAAUCAGGGGUGGAGCAGACAAUCACACUAACGAGGAAACACCGGGGCAGGAAAUAAAGUUUCUGAAACAAGAGAGGACAGUUACUACAAAAUAAAAGCGGACAUGGAAAACAUAACUAAAACUUAACAUAAACGACGAGACAUUACAAUUAAAUCCCUCGCUGGCACUUUAUAGGUAGGAGCCUCUUUGAAAACACAGCUCUGUGUGAAGUUUUGUCUUGAAAAAAUAAUACAAUUAAACAAGUGUCUAAAAUACA